AUGAAUCCAUUGUUAAAAGUCUUUUUAUCCCAUUGUUGGGCAAAUAUUUAUUUAAUAAUUGGAAUAAACUUGGGUCUAAGUCUUAGUAUGAUGUUAAUACCAGUUAAUGUAAAUAAUUACAAUAGCAAUGCAGAACAUUUAAUGCAAUAUUCAAGUUAUCAAGAAGAGUUGGAUGAAUAUGAACCAAAAAUUAACAUUAACAACAAGCCACAACAGGCACAAAAAGUAUCAAAGACAUUAGUACGUCCAAGAUAUUAUUCUACAGAACUUGGAAUAAGAGAGAAAUUGUUUAUAGGAGUGAUAACAAAUCAACAGUUUCUAUAUAGCAGAGACAUAGCAAUUAAUAAAACAGUAGCUCACAUUGUGGACAAAGUACGUUACUUUAUUUCUAUACCAGAGGGAACAAAACCUAAUGUUACACUUCCUGGUAUAGUUGGGUUCACAGAUACUAGAAGUAUUUUGAAACCUUUCCAUACAAUGAAAUAUAUAAUUGAUAAUUAUCUAGAGAAUUACAAUUACUAUUUUUUGAUCAAAGAUGUAAGCUACAUCAGUAUUAAAAAAUUAGUAAAAUUCGUUACCAAGAUUAGUGUAAGUCAAAACGUUCAUGUGGGUGUUCUUGGAGAUAUUCCAACUUAUUGUUCCUUGGAUUCGGGAAUUCUCUUGAGCAAUUCUAUAAUACAAGAAUUGAAAAACAAUUUAGAUUGGUGUGUGAAAAAUGCCUACUCUGAUUCGGAUGACGUUAAUUUCGGACGAUGUAUCGUUCAUUCUACUUCAACACCUUGUUCUAAUCACAUACAGGGUCAGAAAUUUGUAUACACAAAAUUAAAACCAACAUUUUCAUUUGAACAAAAUUUAAAACAUUUAGCUAGAAAUGAAAAUUUCCGAAAUUCGCUUGUAAUAUACCCGAUAUACGAUCAUCUCCUUAUUUAUAAAUUUAAUACAUACUUUUCAGCAACAAACUCCGUGGAAAUUCAAGAAAAAAUUUCUAAUAUUCGUAAAACAAUUUUAAGUAUGGCGCAUUUAGGUCCUCUGCAAGAACGUAAUGUCUCAUGGCCUAUUGGCAAUCAACCAGGCAAUAAAGCUACUGGACGUUUUGAUGUUUUGAGGUGGACGUAUUUCAACGAGACUCACGUAUUUUUCAAUACUGAUUUCUCGAUUGUACAGGAGUUAAAAAUCGAUGCCAAAUUUGACAUAGAUCGAACAAUUAAUAUAACGACUUCUAGUAUUAUCGCUGAUUACCGAAAUAAAUUGAAAUUUAACAGAUUAUUAAAUGGAUACCAAAGAUUCGAUGCAUCUCGAGGAAUGGAUUAUAUAUUAGACUUAGAGUUCAUCGAUAUCGAUACUGGUAAAGUAUUGAAAAAAAGGGUCGAAGUGUGCAAACCCCUUGGUAAAGUCGAAAUUUUACCUGUUCCGUAUGUAACAGAGAACACAAGAAUAAAUAUAGUAUUAACCAUAGAUUCAUCAAAAAAACAAGAUGCGUUGAAUUUUCUGGAGCAAUAUGCUUCAGACUGUAUGGAAAAAAAGUACAAAACUUUCCUCAUGAUGGCUUUCUUGUAUAAUUUUGAUUCUACAUCAAAAGGUAGAGAAGACUUAUAUUACGAAGUUAAACAAUAUGCAUUAUUAUUAGCUGAAAAAUAUAAAAAAUACCAAUCGAAGAUUACUUGGCUCUCUAUACGUCUACCAAGCAAUGUAAUAUCCCUUGAUACGAAUCAAUUACUGAAUAUUGGUUUUACGGAUUUAUGUAUAAGAAAAUUUUCACCCGAAAGCUUGAUACUUUUCGUAGAAACUGGAAUACAACUUCGACUGGAUUAUUUAAACAGAAUCCGUAUGAAUACUAUUAAUCAGUACCAAGUGUUCAGUCCAAUUCCAUUUGUGGAAUAUCAUUCUGAUGUGGUCCACAUGAAUGACGUAAAACAAGUCGAGACGGACAUUAAUCGAAACCAUGGAAGAUACGACGAAUAUAAUUACAAUAAUAUUGCUUUUUAUGCCAGAGACUACAACGCAAUGCGAAGAACUGUCGAAGUUAGCAUUCCAAUAAUACACUCUGAUCGGGACAUCUCAACGAUGAUGAAGCUUUCACAGGACAUCCCUGUUACGUCCUUGUUUGAGAUGUUCGUCUCUUUCAGUAACGUACACGUACUACGCGCGGUAGAACCGGCACUUAAGGUUAAAUAUAAAAACAUCGAUUGCGCUAAUACCUCGAAUAAUAUCUACAAAAUUUGCACACGGUCGAGAAAGCUUCAUUUGGGUCGACGUAGUCAACUUGCCAGAUUAAUAUUAGAUUAUCAAACAUAUAAAAAUAGUUUGCUAGCAUAAAUUGUAUCG